AUGAAGUUCACUCUAGGCCUGGGGUCGCGGGCGUGGAGAGUGUCCUGGGAGCGCCCGGCGGCGGCGGCGGGCCAGGGGGAGGGCGGCUGCGCGCUCGGCGGCGGCGCACGGCGCGUUUCCAGCCCGCGGCCCGGCCGCCUCGGCUCCCGACUCGCGCGCGCCCUCCCUCUAUGCCUCUCCCGCGGCGGCGGCGCCCGAGCUCUCCCGGACUGUGCCGGGCCCAGUCCCGGCCGCCUCGGCGCCAGGCAGCUGGCUGGCCCGCGCGCUAUGGAGCAGACGUACGGCGAGGUGAACCAGCUGGGCGGCGUGUUCGUCAACGGCCGCCCCCUGCCCAACGCCAUCCGCUUGCGCAUCGUGGAGCUGGCGCAGUUGGGCAUCCGACCCUGUGACAUCAGCCGGCAGCUUCGCGUAUCCCACGGCUGCGUGAGCAAGAUCCUGGCGCGCUACAACGAGACAGGCUCCAUCCUGCCCGGGGCCAUCGGGGGCAGCAAACCCCGCGUCACUACCCCCAACGUGGUCAAGCACAUCCGGGACUAUAAGCAGGGCGACCCUGGCAUUUUUGCCUGGGAGAUCCGCGACCGGCUGCUGGCCGAUGGCGUCUGCGACAAGUACAACGUGCCCUCUGUGAGCUCCAUCAGCCGAAUCCUGCGCAAUAAGAUUGGCAGCCUGGCGCAGCCUGGGCCCUACGAGGCGAGCAAGCAGCCGCCGCCGCAGCCGGCGCUGCCCUACAACCAUAUCUACCAGUAUCCCUACCCCAGCCCUGUGUCGUCUACGGGCGCCAAGAUGGGCAGCCACCACGGGGUCCCGGGCACAGCAGGCCACGUCAGCAUACCCCGUUCAUGGCCCUCGGCGCACUCGGUCAGCAACAUCCUUGGCAUUCGGACGUUUAUGGAGCAAACAGGGGCCCUGGCUGGGAGCGAAGGUGCCGCCUACUCCCCCAAGAUGGAAGACUGGGCCAGCGUGAACCGCACGGCCUUUCCGGCCACUCCAGCAGUGAAUGGUCUCGAGAAGCCUGCCUUGGAGGCGGACAUUAAAUACACUCAGUCGGCCUCUGGCCUCCCUGCGGUAGGCGGUUUCCUGCCGGCGUGUGCCUACCCGGCUUCCAACCAGCAUGGCGUGUACAGCGCACCGGCCGGCGGCUACCUCGCCCCGGGCCCGCCAUGGCCGCCAGCGCAGCCGCCCCCGCUGGCGCCUCCCGGGGCCGGCGUCACAGUCCACGGUGGGGACCUGGCCGCAGCGAUGACCUUCAAGCAUCCCAGCCGGGAAGUGGCCGACCGGAAGCCGUCCAGCCCCGGCGGCGGCAAGGCCCCGGAUGGCCUCAGUAGCUUACACGGACUGCCCAUCCCGGCUUCGACCUCCUAG